AUGAGGAUCUCCCCAACGUCGGCCACAAAUAAGCAGAUUAAAUCUUCGGCCCCAAAUCCAUCACUUCCCAAUGAUUUGCUAUUGACUUGCUUUGCACGUGUAUCAAGAUUGUAUUACCCGACUCUUUCCUUAGUCUCUAAAAGCUUUCAAACCCUAGUUGUUUCACCGGAGCUUUACAAGACUCGAUCUUUCUUGAACCGCAAGGAGAAUUGUCUCUACGUGUGCUUAAAGUUCCCUCCUGACCCUAAUCGUUAUUGGUUCACUCCCUGCCGUAAACCAAAUCAAACCCUAGCUAAGAAGAAGACUACAAAUUCAAGUGGAUCUCACAUGUGGCGUGAGGCUCCAUGCAUGAGGAUGAAGCGGAAUUAUCCAACUGUUAACGUUGUUGAUGGAAAGAUAUAUGUAGCAGGAGGCUUGGAAAUGAAAGAUUUCUAUUCAUCUGAUUCCUCAAGUUGGAUGGAGGUUUUUGAUCCAAAUACUCAAUCUUGGGAGCCUGUUUGGUGCCCUUUAUCAAAGAGAAUUAAUCUACCAUACCGGAGCGCAGCGAUUGAAGGAGAAAUAUACAUGGUUAAGCCGAAUGCUAUAGGUGUGUCUUACAAGCCAAAAGAAGAUAAAUGGGGAGAUGUAAGCAAGUGGGAGUUGGAGUCAGGAUGGGAUUUUCUUUCUUAUUGCGUUAUAGACAACGUACUCUAUAGUUAUCAUGGAGGUCGAAUCAAUUGGUUCGACUUUAAAAAACGAAUUUGGAGAGCAUUAGAGGGUUUAGAAGGGCUUCCUAAGAUUGACAAUUCUAGUACUGUUAAGUUAGCGGAUUAUGGUGGUAAGUUGGUUGUUUUGUGGGACAAGUAUUUGGAUUCAAGUGGGUAUAAGGAGAAGAUGAUUUGGUGUGCAGAGAUUUCGCUUCAGAAACGCAACGAUAAAGAGAUUUGGGGGGAGGUUGAGUGGUUCGAUGCGGUUCUUACCGUCCCUAAGUCUUAUACAUUCAUAUGUGCCGAAUCUGCUACUGUUUGA